CCGUCGAACACAGGUCGAAGGGACGAAGACGAAUGAGCACUCUCAACUCUCAAGCGGCCGCAGCCCCAACCCGCCCUCCGCCUUCGUCCCCGCCGCGCCUCCGACCCCCAACCAGCCUCUCGCCGCUCGAUGGCGGCGCCGUAUCACCAGCCGACAAGCCUGGAGGAGGUCCGCACGCUGUGGAUCGGCGACCUCCAGUACUGGACCGACGAGAACUACCUCUACAGCUGCUUCGCCCACACCGGGGAGGUACAAUCUGUUAAAAUAAUACGCAACAAAGUAACAAGCCUUCCAGAGGGUUAUGGGUUUAUAGAGUUUGUUUCGCAUGAAGCUGCUGAGAAAAUUCUCCAGACUUACAAUGGCACACAGAUGCCUGGAACUGAACACACAUUCAGAUUGAAUUGGGCCUCUUUCAGCUCCGGUGAGAGGCGUCCUGAUCCAGGAUCUGAUCAUUCGAUUUUCGUAGGGGACUUGGCACCUGACGUCACAGAUUACUUACUACAGGAGACAUUCCGAGUGAACUAUCCAUCUGUUAGAGGGGCUAAGGUUGUCACAGAUCCAAAUACUGGGAGAUCUAAAGGAUAUGGAUUUGUAAAGUUCGCAGAUGAAAAUGAAAAGAACCGUGCAAUGACAGAAAUGAAUGGUGUGUACUGUUCAACAAGACCUAUGCGGAUAAGUGCAGCAAUACCUAAGAAAUCCACUGGCUCUCAGCUUCAGUAUUCAGCUGCUAAAGCGGUGUAUCCAGCAACAGCUUAUGCAAUGCCUCAGCUCCAGGCAGUUCUCCCUGACAGUGAUCCUACAAACACUACAAUAUUUAUUGGGAACUUGGACCCAAAUGUGACAGAAGAUGAGCUGAGGCAGAUAUGUGUACAAUUUGGAGAGCUUAUAUAUGUGAAAAUUCCUGUUGGCAAAGGAUGUGGAUUUGUACAGUAUGCAUCUAGGGCCUCAGCUGAAGAGGCAGUACAACGUCUUCAUGGCACAAUGAUUGGCCAACAAGCUGUUCGGCUUUCAUGGGGCCGAAGUCCUGCGAGUAAACAGGACCCAUCAGCUGUGUGGAGUCAGCAAGCAGAUCCAAAUCAGUGGGCAAACACUUACUAUGGCUAUGGAUAUGAUGCAUAUGGAUAUGCUCAGGAUCCGUCAUACGCGUAUGGUGCCUAUGCAGGAUAUAGCCAAUAUCCCCAACAGAUUGAGGGAGGUGUUGAUGCCACUUCUGUUGCUGGUAGCCAUCCGGGCAUGGAACAAAAAGAGGAGCCAUAUGAUCCAAUGAACAUACCUGAUGUCGACAAGCUGAAUGCUUCAUACAUGGCUGUUCAUGGUAGAGCCAUGCUAGGGCGGUCAUUGUGGUUGAAGACCAACCCGCUGCCCCAACCAACAUAAGCACACAGCCAACAUUGCCUAAUUUCCCCCCAAAGACUGCGGUGCUGGUGGGUGCAGCUGGGUUUCGUUGCAGAUGAUUUUGCCCUUCCCACUGGGCACAUUAUGGCAAUUGAUCAUCAAACUCUGAAAUUGCUGUAGGCUGACCAACAGCUUCGUCUAUGUUGACAACAUCCCAUGUAUGAUAGGCAUGACCCUUUUAUGUUUCUUAGGCUGCUGCUUAAUAUUAUCGUAUCUGGACAAUAUUGUGGGAACGGUGAAAGUCAUCUGUCUAUCUAGUCGCCUUUUCCAAUUGAUAAUUCUGCUGUUCGAUACUCAA